AGUAUUUCCCUUCAACUACAAUGCUUUUAGCAGCAUUAGAUCACUUGAUUGGGACAUACGUUAAGGCAACGGACAAAGGAUUUGCUUGUAUUCACGAUACGUUGUUCCGAAACCUUUCGUUUAUAGUAGGGAGCAGUAUCAUUCAUUGUUUACUAAAAUAUGACAAAAGUGAGUUUCUUGCAAAUCGACUGCAGUUAAUUUCCAUAGAGCAGGAGCAUGAUAAAUUAGUAAUCAUGGUGAAACCAGAACAGGAAGAAUUAUAUUUUCAAAGAAUAUUAUUGGAUAUAAGAAAAGGUAAUCAUAGUAUUGUGUUUACUGGUAUACAGAUGAAGCAUUCGCGAUUUAGAUCUAAACUUCGCAAUUGUCUUAAAAGUUUAAAAGAUAUAGAUGUUACUUGCGACGCUAAUAAUUCUACACCUCUGCACGUUGUUUCAGAACAAGGUUAUGAAGAUUUGGUAUUUGCACUUUAUCAAAUAAAAAAGGACCAGAUAAAUCACCAGGAUAACAGCAAAAGAACGCCAUUGUUUAUGGCUUGCUUAGGUGGUCACGACAAAGUCAUUCAAACAAUUCUUGGGAUAGACCACUCUUCAUUACAUAUUGCAGAUAGUGAAGACUUAAUGCCUUUGGAUGCAGCCUCGUUAAAUGAUUAUUCGUCUACAGUAGCAUUGCUUCUAAAAAAAGGUGCAAAUAUCAAUAGGAAGGAUAAAACCUUAAAACGAACAACAUUUCAAAGAGCAUGUGAGAGUGGAAGUAUUAAGGUAGUUAGCGAGCUAUUGACCUUUAAGCCUGACAUAAAAAAUACAGAUAUACAUGGACUGAAAGCAAUUCAUAUAGCAUGUCAACGAGGACAUUUAAAUAUUGUUAAAAUUCUACUUGAAUAUAAAGAUAUGACACAUGAAUGUGAUGCGCAUGGCAGAACACCUCUUUGGACAGCUUGCGAGAGUAAUCAACAAGAUAUUGUGCGAUUACUUUUAAAAAACAAAGCAAAUGUGAACCAGAUUGAUGUUAAACAAAUUUCACCACUUUAUAUAGCAUGCCAAAUUGGCAAUGAUAAUAUAGUAGGUGUAUUGCUAGAUAACUUUGCGAAAGUGAAUAUUAAGUCUGAUAAUGGCUACUCGCCAUUGCAUGUCGCAAGUAUGAAAGGUAAGCUUAAAUGUGUUGAAAUUCUAUUAGACAAAAACGCUGAAACAGAUUUAGCUACUGAACAAGGAUGGACGGCAUUUUUUCUCAGUUGUAGUAAAGGCCAUUUGGAUAUAUGUAAAUUAUUACAUGUCAGUGGUGCAAAUGUCAACGUACGUGAUAAAUCUGCUAAUACUCCCCUUCAUGUUGCAUGUAGAGAAAAACAUGAACGCAUUGCUAGAUUUUUGAUUGAUCGUGAUGCAAAUGUUAAUGCAGUAAAUACAUCAAAGGAGUCGCCAUUGUACAUUGCGUGUGGAAAGGAGUCUGUUGAUGUUGUUCAACUUCUAAUAGAUAAUCAUGCAGAUGUUAAUAUUCAUAAUGAAAAAGGAAAUUCUCCACUCCAUAUUGCAUGUAUAAAAGGAAACACAACAAUAGUACAAUUACUUCUGGACCAGAAAGCCAAUAAACAAAAACGAAAUAAAGCAGGGAAGACUCCUUUUGACAUAGUACAAGAAAAAAAGAACGAUACUAUUGUUGACAUGUUUAAAAGUCAUGAAGAGAAGUAAUUG